GGCACGUACUUUUGACACGAUCGAGGUCUGGGCACAUAGAUUUGCAGAAUAACCAUUUUCUUCAUUUCUUGGUGCCCAAUCAAACCCAAAUCGCGCAAAUCAACGGCCGUAAUUAGCCUAAACCUUCUACAAAAACGGGAUCUACCUACUCCACUCUACUGACUUCUUUCUUUACUGCUCUCUCUAAACCUCAGUCUGUUUUUUUCCCAUAGAUCCGAAGCUAAUCUCUCUGCUAAAUGGCAACUAUUACGUCUGUCAAAGCCCGUCAGAUCUUCGACAGCCGUGGCAAUCCUACGGUUGAGGUCGAUGUACAUCUAUCGAAUAAGCUCUGGGCCAGAGCCGCUGUCCCUAGUGGUGCAUCCACUGGUAAGAUCUAUUCACGUACUUUUUUCUUUUUUCUUUCUUCUCUCCUUUUGUGGUAUUGNUGGCCUUUUCAGCUUGGUGCAAAUGCCAUUCUGGCUGUGUCUCUUGCCGUAUGCAAAGCGGGAGCUGCCGUUCUUAAUAUUCCCCUAUAUAAGCACAUUGCUAACCUUGCUGGUAACAAGAAGCUGGUGUUGCCUGUUCCUGCCUUCAAUGUUAUCAAUGGUGGAUCACAUGCUGGCAACAAACUUGCUAUGCAGGAAUUUAUGAUUCUUCCAGUUGGAGCUUCCUCUUUCAAGGAGGCCAUGAAGAUGGGUGUUGAAGUAUAUCACCAUUUGAAGGCUGUCAUUAAAAAGAAAUAUGGCCAAGAUGCCACCAAUGUAGGGGAUGAGGGUGGCUUUGCUCCUAACAUUCAGGAGAACAAGGAGGGUCUUGAACUGCUCAAAACAGCCAUUGAAAAAGCAGGUUACACCGGAAAAGUUGUCAUCGGAAUGGACGUUGCUGCGUCUGAGUUUUAUGGAUCUGACAAGACUUACGACUUGAACUUCAAAGAAGAGAACAAUAAUGGCUCACAAAAGAUCUCAGGUGACCAGCUCAAAGAUCUGUACAAAUCAUUCGUGUCUGGUUACCCAAUUGUAUCUAUUGAAGAUCCAUUUGACCAAGAUGACUGGGAGCAUUACGCCAAGCUUACUGGUGAAAUUGGUGCUCAAGUACAGAUUGUGGGAGAUGACCUCUUAGUCACCAAUCCCAAGAGAGUUGAGAAGGCAAUCAAGGAGAAGUCUUGCAAUGCUCUUCUUCUUAAGGUUAAUCAAAUUGGAUCGGUUACCGAGAGUAUUGAAGCUGUAAAAAUGUCUAAACAGGCCGGUUGGGGUGUAAUGGCAAGCCACCGCAGUGGAGAGACAGAGGAUACUUUCAUUGCUGAUCUCUCCGUGGGGUUGGCCACGGGCCAAAUUAAGACUGGAGCUCCAUGCCGGUCAGAACGUCUUGCAAAGUACAACCAGCUUUUGCGAAUUGAAGAGGAGCUUGGAUCUGAAGCUGUAUAUGCUGGAGCCAACUUCCGUGUACCCGUCAAGCCAUAUUAGAUCAGAAUGAGUUGUGUGCUGAAGAUCCGUGUUUGGAAGAUGGAUUCUCACUUUUAGCCGAAUAAAUCUCGAUGUAGGGUGAUCGUGGGAUACACGAGGCUUGUUUUUAAUAAUAAAAAACAGUUUGAGCAAAGACUGAUUAUGUUGUCUUCUCAUUUUUGACUUGUUUUAUAACUCCGAAAUGCAGUUUUUAGACUUAUGAAUAUAUCUGGUUAUUUUCGAACUUA